UUUGGUUCGGUAUGUUCUCAACGAUCCUUCAGACCGUCCGGUCGUCUGAUAGUACUCUAAGUUUUUUACCUAUGGCAACGCUCGUAGUGUUUCCGGCUAUUUUUUUUUCAUGUUCACAAUUAUUUCACAAUUUCACAUUUUGUUUCGCUGCAUGGGUGACGGUUUACGUCGUUUCAGUUUUCGUUACAAAAUAUUAUAUUAGAUAGAAACAAGUAGAAUAAAAUGUCUGAACAACCACGAGGAAGGGGCAAGGCUCGCGGCCGCGCCGGGCGCGGGUCGCAGGAGAGCGGGCAGGCGCCGCGGCGGCCGGGCGAGGCGCCGGCGGGCGGCGCGGGAGCCGGCGCCGGGCCGCGGCCGCAGCCGCCGGCGGCCUGGGGCCCGCCCACCGCGGCGCCGCCCGUGCGCGCCGGCGGGCCCGCCGUGGCCGCGCCGGCCGGCCGCGCCUCGCACCGGACCACGCCGUCCACCCACGCGCAUCCGGGGGAUGUUGACAUACAACAGAGAAUGCAGACAUUGGACAUAGGCCAGGGUGCACCGGGAGCCUCGGGCGAGCCCGGCGGCGCUGUGAGUGGUCGCGGCUCGCGUCGUGGUGGUGGACGGGUGCUGCCAGAAAAUGUGAUGAUUCUCCGCACCCGCCCGGAUCAGCUGCAAUCUAAGAAAGGUUCUUUCGGCGACCCACUGGAGUUGAUGGCGAAUUACUUCACCGUCCACUCCACGCCACAGUGGCGCCUGUACCAGUACCACGUGGACGUGGACCCCGAGGAGGACAGCACCAGCACGCGCAGGGGGCUGCUGCGCGUCCACGCCAACACUCUCGGAGGAUACAUUUUUGACGGCUGCGUCUUGUACACCGUGAAAAAACUGCACCCCAACCCUUUGGAAUUAUACUCCGACCGUAAGACGGAUGGGCAGCGUAUGAGACUUCUGAUAAAGCUAACCCAAGAUGUCGCCCCUGGAGACUAUCAUUAUCUCCAGAUAUUCAAUCUGAUCAUCAGAAAGUGCUUUUAUAAGCUGAAUUUGCAGUUGAUGGGCAGGGACUUUUUCGACCCUGAUGCUAAGGUUGACAUCCCAGAAUACAAGCUCCAAAUUUGGCCUGGUUACAAAACAACAAUAAAUCAAUAUGAAGACCGCCUCCUUAUGGUGACAGAGAUCACCCAUAAAGUGCUGCGCAUGGACACUGUUUUGCAAAUGCUGCAAGAGUAUGCCCAAACCAAGGGCGCUAACUUUAAAAAAAUAUUCGUGGAAGACGUGGCAGGCAAAAUCGUCAUGACGGACUACAACAAGCGAACGUACCGCGUAGACGAUGUGGCCUGGAACGAGUCUCCAUCGUCCACAUUCAAAAUGAAGGACCAGACCAUAUCCUACAUGGAUUACUACAAAACCAAAUACAACAUCCGCAUCAACGACGCGAAGCAGCCGCUGCUGAUCUCGCGCUCCAAGCCGCGCGAGGUGCGCGCCGGCAUGCCGGAGCUGGUGUACCUGGUGCCCGAGCUGUGCCGCCAGACCGGCCUGUCCGACGAGAUGCGCGCCAACUUCCAGCUCAUGAAGGCCAUGGCCGUGCACACCAAGAUCGGCCCCGACACCCGCAUACAGAAACUGCUCGCCUUCAACCGGCGCUUCACGCAGAACAAGGAGGUGGUUGCGGAACUGGGGACGUGGGACCUCAAGUUAGCCAAUGACCUGAUCAAGUUCAAAGGCCGUCUACUUCCGCCGGAGAAUAUCACGCAGGGCGACGGACGGAAAUACCCCGCCGGCCUCACUACUGAAGGCUGGACCAGAGACAUGAGGUCUCGGCCUCUGCUCUCGUUCGGGCCGUGCCCCUCGUGGGUGGUGAUCACGCCGGAGCGCCAGCGCCGCGACGCCGAGAGCUUCGUGCAGCUCAUCAUGAAGACUGGCAGCGGCGCGGGCUUCAGGAUGCCGCAACCGGAAAUUGUGUCCAUUCAGCGUGACGGGUCGAUGGAGUACGCUAACAUGUGCGAGAACGUUAUCGCCAAGAAAAAUCCGGCGCUCAUUCUGUGCGUCUUGGCAAGACAGAUGGCGGACAGGUACGAGGCGAUCAAGAAGAAGUGCACCGUGGACCGCGCCGUGCCCACGCAGGUGGUGUGCGGCCGCAACAUGACCAGCAAGUCCGCCAUGUCCAUCGCCACCAAGGUGGCCAUACAGAUCAACUGCAAGCUGGGCGGCGCGCCGUGGACGGUGGACAUCCCGCUGCCCAACCUCAUGGUGGUGGGCUACGACGUGUGCCACGACACGCGCAGCAAGGAGAAGAGCUUCGGCGCCUUCGUGGCCUCCAUGGACCGCCAGCAGACGCGCUACAUCUCCUCCGUCAACGCGCACACCUCCGGCGAGGAGCUCUCCUCGCACAUGGGCUUCAACAUCACCGUCGCGCUCAAGAAGUACCGCGAGAUCAACCAGAAGCUGCCGUCGCACAUUUUCAUUUACCGUGACGGCGUGGGCGACGGACAAAUCCCCUAUGUGCAUAGCCAUGAGGUUGGGGAAAUCAAAAAGAAACUAAACGAGGUGUACGCGGAGGUGCCCUACAAGCUGUGCUUCAUCAUCGUGUCGAAGCGCAUCAACACGCGCAUCUUCGUGGCGCGCGGCCGCGGCGAGAACCCGCAGCCCGGCACCGUCAUCGACGACGUCGUCACGCUGCCCGAGAGAUACGACUUCUUCCUCGUGUCUCAAAACGUGCGUGAGGGAACCAUCGCACCGACGUCUUACAACGUCAUCGAGGACUCGACUGGCCUGACCCCUGAUCAUAUCCAGCGGCUGACGUACAAGCUGACGCACAUGUACUUCAACAACUCGUCGUGCGUGCGCGUGCCGUCCGUGUGCCAGUACGCGCACAAGCUGGCCUUCCUCGCCGCCAACUCGCUGCACAACCAGCCGCACUACUCGCUCAGCGAGACCCUCUACUUCCUGUGAGCGGGCCCUCCUGGCCGCCAACUCGCUGCACAACCAGCCGCACUACUCGCUCAGUGAGACCCUCUACUUCCUGUGAGCGGGCCCUCCUGGCCGCCAACUCGCUGCACAACCAGCCGCACUACUCGCUCAGUGAGACCCUCUACUUCCUGUGAGCGGGCCCUCCUGGCCGCCAACUCGCUGCACAACCAGCCGCACUACUCGCUCAGCGAGACCCUCUACUUCCUGUGAGCGGGCCCUCCUGGCCGCCAACUCGCUGCACAACCAGCCGCACUACUCGCUCAGCGAGACCCUCUACUUCCUGUGAGCGGGCCCUCCUGGCCGCCAACUCGCUGCACAACCAGCCGCACUACUCGCUCAGCGAGACCCUCUACUUCCUGUGAGCGGGCCCUCCUGGCCGCCAACUCGCUGCACAACCAGCCGCACUACUCGCUCAGCGAGACCCUCUACUUCCUGUGAGCGGGCCCUCCUGGCCGCCAACUCGCUGCACAACCAGCCGCACUACUCGCUCAGCGAGACCCUCUACUUCCUGUGAGCGGGCCCUCCUGGCCGCCAACUCGCUGCACAACCAGCCGCACUACUCGCUCAGCGAGACCCUCUACUUCCUGUGAGCGGGCCCUCCUGGCCGCCAACUCGCUGCACAACCAGCCGCACUACUCGCUCAGCGAGACCCUCUACUUCCUGUGAGCGGGCCCUCCUGGCCGCCAACUCGCUGCACAACCAGCCGCACUACUCGCUCAGCGAGACCCUCUACUUCCUGUGAGCUGGCCCUUUCUAUCCCUGCCCUACCGUGACCCGCGACCGGCAAACAAGGUUCAUAUCCUACGUGCUCAUUAUGCUCAAAUCAAAUGAACAAGAAAAUAAAUCUACGCCAUACAUAUAUUAAAUAGUUCCACUGGUAUGUUGUUUUAAGACUUAUGUUUGUUGAUUAUUCGUAUGUUUAGUUGUAGAGCCUUAAAAUUUGACGUAUUAAAUUUUGUAUCUGAUAAAAGCGUAUUAAAUAUAUUAGCACGGGUCACUCGCGUAUUUUAAGUCUAAAAUAGCUCGAUAUGUUUCCCCGCGUACCGAGCGGCAUUAUCAGAGCUAUGGAGAAAUCCGUAGAUUUACGGAUUAUUUUUACACUCACUAUUUUUUUUACUGAAAUAAUGUAAAUUAAAUAAAAAAAUUCUCAAUAUCAGAUUUUAUACUCUGGCGAGUCUGUAGGAAAAGGCGCGAGGUAUGACCCUCCGCGCCUACAUUUUUCAAAUGUUCCGCCUUUUUCUACUGACAAAACCGGCUUGCCGGAGUAUGUUUACUAGCAGCUACAUUGGCCAAGGGCCAACCGUCAACAAACUAGCGCCAUUGCAUUGAAUCCCAUUAUUGUUUUUAAACAUUAAAACUGCUAUCUAUCACAAAAAUUACUUAACUCUCGAUUGGUUUUAAAAUGUAUGAGAGUGGAGUAAAUUCUGAAGAACCUGUUAAUUAUAAUUAUUUUGCCACGCUUGUCUUAACUCUAAUAGCACUUGAAUAUCGGUUGGAGACUACAUCAACAUUUCUGAAAUUUGCAAGAAUUCGCCAACAGAGCGAUUAUACGCACGAGGCAAUUUCCUCACUCAUAAAACGGCCAUUGUAGAUGUGCCACGGCCGAGGCGGCACGCUCAGGCGAAAAAACGCGCGCGCCGCCUCGGCAGAGGCAAGUCUACACUGGCGAGGAAAUUGCCUCGCACGACGUAUGUUCGCUCUGUGUGGACCCGCCUCAUGGUGAGCUAUUUCAAUUACUAAUGAAGCAUUUUUCAAUGACCUGUUUUAAUAUAUUUAAUAAGGCUGAUGAAACAAAGUUAUCUGAGGGUUUAUGCUUCUUGGUCACAUUAUCUGUGCUCCUCGCUAGUAUGUAAAGUUGUAACAUCAUGGGCUAGGCACACAGAUAUUGUGACUUGUGUGAUUUACCAUUUGAAUGCGAAAAUGUUAAUUGGGGUUCAAAUCGGUAAACAAACUAGUCAGAUGUUGACCACCGCUAGUUUGUUCUUCUCUUUUUUAUUGUUAUUACUUUAGGCCUAAAACUUAAUAGACAUAAGAUAUAAGCGUGUAAACUUUAGUCCACACCAUUGUAAACUUUUGGAUGCCAUCUUGCAAAACUACCUCGUUAUGUAUGACGCCGAGGCAUUCAGAGGGUUAUGGUUAUUAGAUGUUAUACUACAGCUAAAGUCGACAAUUUAGUUGAUCUAACACAAAGCAGGCAAGGCAUUUUGACCACAAAUACGGUUUUGCCUUGUAGCCCCCGGGCCUAGAGAUGAAUUUGCUUAAAGGUGACGUUCGGAUGGCAAGAUUAUGUAUCUAUAGCAGGAUCCCCGGCGGGCCGCAGGUUGAGUACCGCUGCCUUGAAGGCUAACGUCAAGUCUUCCGUAAUUUAACCCCCUUGGCGCAACUGCCGCAUGCUUGCCUGAUAAAAAUAUGGAAGCGGUACAAACUAUGAAAGCGUUAAGUAAAUUAAUGUUGCGUCGAAGAAACGCCACCAAAUUAAAUACUUUGAGAAUGACAUUUUCAGUUUUAAACGUUUCGACCAGUUACAGUCUUUGACGUAAAAAAAAGUAAUAUUUUGAGGAGUGAGACUACAUGUAAGUUAGACUACGUAGUAGUUAUCAGUGCAUUUAGAGAGUGGGCGCAGAUCCCUCUGGGAUUAGAAUAAGAGAAUCUCUUUAAUAUACACUUUUUUGGAUUAUUUACACUUUGCGAACAUUCCAGAAGGAAUCAUUAGUCGCUUCGAGGCGAAUAAAAUUGUCUUUUCGAUGUUAGAAUUGUUAGAUAAGUAUAUGUUGUAAACCUUGAAAACUUUGUGACGAUCACUUUAGUUUUUAAUGCUUCGUCUGAUCAUUAUUUACGAUACCACUGGUUGCUGUUUUAGGCUCAGCAGACCAAUACAUUUUUAAACGGUGGUGUUGUUAAAAACGAUAAUAAUUAAUAACGUUUUGAUUAAAUUCGUUAUUCAGUCCUAUGUCGCUAACGUCAGCCCGUGGCGAAUUCACUCAGUUCCUUAUGUUCAUGGAGGAGGCAUCACUGCCAUUACACUUUAUUACGUUUUUAUUUUGUCAUAAUUAUAUUGCAAGUUCAGUUAUUCAAAUAUUAGAUUUAAAAUUGAUUUAAGAGUUGAAAAGAACUAGUUUUCAAAUUAUAAGAGAUUAUAUAUUCUUUGAUUUCGUAUUUGUAGUGGCCUGGUCUUCGAGACUCUGUGCCCGUGUUUUGCAAAAAGACUACAAAUUGGGUGCUUUUGUUGCUCCUUAACAAUAAGGACCUUUAAUACUAGUGUUUGUUAUUCAUAUAAAUAAACAAUAACUUGAUGUGA